UUAGUUGACAUGUUGGAUCAGUACCACAAGCUGUCAGGCAAGAGGCUUUGGGAUGCCAAGCAUGAGCAUCUGGACAAUGAAAUCAACAGAGUCAAGAAAGAAAAUGACAGCAUGCAGAUUGAGCUCAGGCACUUGAAAGGAGAAGAUAUCUCAACUUUGAAUUACAAAGAGCUUAUGGUGUUAGAGGAAGCCCUAGAGAAUGGGAUGACAGCCCUUAAAGCCAAACAGAUGGAGUUCGUCCGCAUGAUGAGGAAACAUAAUGAAAUGAUAGAAGCGGAGAAUCAGAACCUUCAGUUCAAGCUGCGGCAGCUGCAUCUCGAGCCAAUGGACGAAAAUGUGAUGGAAGCUCACCCAGGAGUGUAUGAUCCUCAUCAUCAUCAUCAUGGGCUUGCUGAUUAUGAAGCCCAUCAACAAAUGCCUUUCGCAUUUCGGGUACAGCCCAUGCAGCCCAAUCUACAGGAGCGCUUCUAG